AUGAAAACUCUCUCAAGAUCUGUUUUUUUUUUUGUAGAUCUGCUUGCGGCCACAGUCGUUGGGUUUGUUCAUGACCCAGAUUCAUCGGCUUACGCUCGAUUCGUCGCUGUACAUCCAUCCUCGACCGGUCUUAUCUCCGAUGGAAUCGACGGUGGAAAUCUCGGCUCCGGAUCGGUUAUCAAGACGGUUGUUUCGGCUCCUCCGGAUGAAGAGAAAGAGGAAGCUUGUGAACAGACCUACGGGUUUAUGCCGUGUACUAAGACGGCGCUUGGAAACGUGUUUUUGAUUUUGGUUUAUGGAUUUCUCAUGUUCACGGCGGCGACGUAUCUCUCUGCCAGAAGUGAGCUUCUACUUAAGAUCCUUGGCCCUGGAAUCGUCGGUGGUUUGUUUCUUCCGAUGCUCGGCGCGCUUCCUGACGCUAUGCUUAUUAUGGUGUCUGGACUUUCUGGAGACGCAGCAACUGCUCAAAGCCAAGUCUCUGUGGGAAUGGGUUUGCUCGCUGGCUCCACCGUUAUGCUCCUCACUGUAAUCUGGGGAACUUGCACUGUGGUUGGCAAGUGUGACCUUCGUGAUACAAUUGCUGUAAAAAACCAAGACACUAAACGCUUCAGUCUUAAAGAUUCUGGUGUAACUGUUGAUGUUUGGACCAGCUAUGCUGCAAGGAUAAUGGCUAUAUUGGUUAUUCCGUUUGUCAUUGUCCAGCUUCCACAGAUGUUGGACUCAACGAUUGGAGCAACGAUAGGCCAUUCGAUAUCUGAAAACACAAGCAAACACAUUCCCACAUAA